AUGAGGAAAACCUCCGAGGAUUGUCUCACUUUGUCUCCAGACUGGAAAGUAGAAGAUGAGGACAUCACACAGUAUAGUCCAGGAGAAAACCCAGCUCCCUCCAAUGUCCAUCCGGCACCACCUGAGGACCCUCAGACUGUGCGGGACCGGGCCAGCCUUCCAACAGGGAAGAGGUUCUCCUGUACUGAGUGCGGGAAGGGUUUCCGUUAUAAAUCCGGUCUUAUUCUGCAUAAAAGAUCUCACACAGGAGAGAAACCGUAUUCCUGUCCUGAGUUGCAUAAAAGAACUCAAGCAGGUGAGAAGCCACAUUCCUGGCCCGAGUGCGGGAAAUGUUUUUCAGUGAAGUCCAAUCUUUACAAACAUCAGAGAUUGCACACGGGAGAAGCUUCAUAUUCCUGUGCUGAGUGCGGGAAAUGUUUUUCAGGGAAGUCCAAUCUUUAUACUCAUCAGAGGACUCACACAGGUGAGAAGCCGUAUUCCUGUGCUGAAUGUGGGAAAUAUUUUUCACUGAAAUCACAACUUGCCACACAUCAAAGGUCUCACACAGGGGAAAAGCCAUAUUCCUGUGCUGAGUGCAGGAAACGUUUUGGACAUAAAUCAGAUAUUAUCAAACACAUCAGAGAUGUCACACGGGAGAAGCCGUAUUCCUGUUCUGAGUGCGGGAAAUGUUUUUCAGUGAAGUCCAGUCUUUGCAGAUAUCAGAGAUCUCACACAGGACAAAAGCCGUAUUUCUGUCCUGAGUGUGGGAAAUGUUUUUCACAGAAGCCCCAUCUUUACAGACAUCAGAGAUCUCACACGGGGAAGAAGCCGUAUUCCUGUCCUGAGUGCGGGAAAUGUUUUUCAGAUAAGUCCAGUCUUUGCAGACAUCAGAGAUCUCACACAGAAUAG